AUGACGGCCCCCAACAUCCAAAGGGAAUUAACUAGUGUUUGUACUCAUUUGACGACCAAGAAAAUUAUUGCAGAAAUUGUGAGAGAUAAACAACCAUUUUCUUUACUAGUUGAUGAAUCACGUGAUGUGGCAGUGAAAGAACAAAUGGCAAUUGUUUUUCGCUAUGUGGACAAAAUAGGUUGUGUUAUUGAACGUUUUAUCGGGGUUGUGCAUGUUAAGAAUACUUCUACAAAGUCUUUGAAAAUUGCAAUAGAUGCUUCUUUUGUAAAGCAUGGAUUGAGUUUGACAAGUUUACAGGGGCAAGGUUACGAUGGAGCAAGCAAUAUGAGAGGUGAGUUCAAUGGUUUGAAGACUUUGAUAUUGAGAGAAAAUAAAUCAGCUUUCUACAUUCAUUGUUUUUCUCAUCAACUCCAACUGGCGCUAGUCAAAGUUGUAAGUAACCAUUCGGCAUUGGGUGAAUUUUUUCAAUCUCUUUCUAUGUUAUCAAACACUAUAGCGGCAUCUUGUAAGUGCAGAGAUCUUCUACAUGCUAAACAAUAUGAAAAUGUGAUAUCUUUGAUUUCUAAUGGUGAUCUUCAUAUGGGACAAGGUUUGAAUCAAGAAUGCACUAUUAAACGACCCGGAGAUACACAUUGGGGUUCACACAUAGGGACAAUUCAUAGUGUCAUAAAUUUAUUUUCUUCUGUUGUUGAUGUGCUUAGGGUGGUUGAGAUUGAAGAAGACAAUUGGCAAAACUAA